AUGCCUGUCCACCGCGGUCGGUCUCGACAAAAGCAUCCACUCUCCUCGGCCUCCAAAAAUGGCGCCCACUUCUCACGCUUCGACCAAGUCCGGCGGCGGUUGCUCUCUUGUCCUCCUCCGUUUUCUCAUAUCUUCGGGCCAAGUCACUUCGCCAUAAAACUCGGCCUUUCCAACUCUCGACACGUCUCCGACCUGCCCCCCACUCCGUUUAUGAUAUCGAGCCCAACCGUGGAUCUCACUUUCGACGACGAGGAAUGGAAAGCUCCACCCUUGACAGCCAGGCUCUACCGUGCUGCCUCCGUGGGCAAUAGCUGGAAGGUCACCUCCAUCGGCCGUGGCUUCGACUGGGACGACGAUUCAGAGGCCCAGUCCUCGCUCAAUGAUUCUCCUUGCCAGCCCUUGGAGUUUGAGCUCAAGCUCAAAACGGAGGAUCUGAAAUCACCGAAACCAUCUCCAAAGAUCGUUACACCCAAAGUCAUCAGUAAACUCCCAAACUCAAGUGCGACACCGACUCUGCAACCUAGAUUUACACCGCCAGUCUCUGCCAUAACCUCCGAUGCAUACUUCACUUCUUCUCCUGUACAAUCUCGUUCAUCAUCACCGCAUCUUUCUUCCCUCAAAUCCCCGCUCUCUUCUACGCCGCCAUCGCAGCCGCGUACCCCUUCAUCACCACGCCCACGUAGACGUUCUUCUCAGCAUCGCGUAUCUCUAAUCGCCGGCCGCGUAUCAAUAGCACCCAUACAACCACCAUCUCCCCCGCCUUUGCUUCCCCCAAGUCUCCACCGUACAAGUAGCUCCAACAGCAGUCUCCACAGCCUCAAUGCCUCGAGUACGCGAGCCCCGUCACCUUCGGACGACAAGCAGUCAUUCCUUGGGAACAGGAGCAUAUCCGAAUUUUUCAUUGAGAGUGAGAUCGGUAAGGGAGCCUAUGGGCUAGUGAAGCGUGCUCGGGAGAUCGGGCCAGACGGAUCACUCGGGCCCCCAUUGGUCAUAAAGCAAAUCAUCAAGUCCCGUAUACUGGCCGACUGUUGGAAAAGGCACCCUACGUAUGGGACGAUCCCUAUAGAGAUAUACGUCAUGUCAGCCAUCUCCAAUACCUCAUACGUUCUUCCUCCCCGAAGGCCUUGGGAUCCGUCUCGCGCUGCUUCGCAGGCACGUAACCCUGAUCCGACGGUCGAGGAUGACUGGGUAGAAGGCAAGGUAGUCAAAGGCCAUCCCAACAUUUGCCCGUUACUCGACUUCUUCGAAGACAGUCAUUACUAUUACCUCGUCCUACCAUCAACGACGCCCGAACGACAACCUGGUCAGCCGUCACCGCCAUCAGACCUCUUCGAUUUGGUGGAGACUUACCCACAAGGGCUCCCAUCGGAUCUUGUUAGAAGCUAUCUGGGGCAAAUGGCUGACGCGCUCUACUUCCUCCAUAAACAAGGAAUCGUGCAUCGUGACGUCAAGGACGAGAAUGUUGUUCUCGGUCCAAACGGGAAGUGCAUAUUGAUCGACUUCGGAAGUUCUGGGAUUGUCAAAAAGAGCGGAUGGGAUACUUUCAGCGGCACUCUCGAUUACGCUGGCCCAGAAAUUCUGAAAGGACAACGGUAUUAUGGCAAGGAGCAAGACGUUUGGGCGUUCGGCGUUGUGGCGUAUGUUCUGCUUGUCGGCGAGUGUCCGUUCAUGACAGCCGAGGAAGCCCAAGAGGGUUUGGAAUCACCGUUCGCGAAUGCUUCUAUAUCACUGGAUGACAGAUGUGCAGAGAAAGAGACCGAGGGUGAAGAACCUGACGGUGGCGGGGCUCUUGGGGACGCUGCGGCCCUAGUCAGAGCAUGCCUUCGCAUCGAUGUUGCUGCUCGACCCAGCUUCGAAAGAAUCCUUCAGUGUCGCUUUUUAAACGGCAACGGUGGCUGGGGCAUGGCUUAG